AUGACGCCGAAGCAGCUCCUCUCGGUAGUCGAAUCGGCUCUACUCGGCCCGCUGCCUCCAAGCCCGUAUCAGAGAGUGGAGCUCAUGCACGCUAUUCGAAGCUCUCUCCCGUCGCUCCAGUCACUCCUCUCAUAUCCGCCUCCGAAGUCGUCGGACCGAGCUCAAGUUCAGUCCAAAGAAGUUAGGCUUCCGAAUGCGCCGCCGAUUUUGCUUGAUGACCAGGACGUCCAGAUUGCUUUGAAGUUAAGUGAUGACCUCCAUCUCAAUGAGAUUGAUUGUGUACGUUUGAUCGUCUCUGCAAAUCAAGAGUGGGGCUUAAUGGGAAGAGAGCCACUAGAAAUUUUGCGCCUUGCAACAGGGCUCUGGUACACUGAGAGAAGAGAUCUAUUAACCGCUCUCUAUACACUUUUAAGGGCUGUUGUGCUUGAUCAAGGACUAGAAGCUGACGUUGUAUCUGACAUUCAAAAGUAUUUGGAAAAUCUUAUCAAGAAUGGGCUUCGACAGAGGUUGAUCUCUCUUAUAAAGGAACUUAAUCGAGAAGAACCAGCUGGCCUUGGUGGGCCUCAUUCUGAACAUUAUGUUCUCGACUCUAGAGGUGCUCUUGUUGUAAGACAAGCUGUUGUUUCCCGGGAAAGGCUCAUACUUGGACAUUGCCUCGUUCUUUCUAUUCUGGUUGUGCGGACAAGUCCAAAGGAUGUAAAGGACAUGUUCCUCAUUUAUAAAGAUAGUACUUCUGAACUUAGUGGGAAUAGUGACACAAUAAAACGCCAGAUUACAUUCAGUCUUCUUUUUUCUCUCGUGAUUGCUUUUGUAUCAGACGCUCUGAGUGCAGCACCUGAUAAAGCAUCUGUCCUGUCCCAGGAUGCCUCUUUCAGACAUGAAUUUCAUGAAAUUGUAAUGGCAGCCGGAAAUGAUCCAACUGUUGAGGGCUUUGUUGGUACCAUAAGGCUUGCUUGGGCUGUACACUUGAUGCUAAUACAAGACGCUCUUACCGGAAGGGAUGCUAUUUCAAGUGCUUCAACGAGUGAUUUGGGUUAUCUACAGUCGUGCUUGGAAGUGGUUUUUUCAAAGAACGUUUUCCAGUUUAUAUUAGAUGAAAUUCUUAAAAGUGCAGCAUAUGAGAAUGAUGAUGAGGAUAUAAGCUAUAUGUACAACGCCUAUCUUCACAAGUUGAUCACCUGCUUCUUAUCUCAUCCACUUGCCAGAGACAAGGUCAAAGAAUCAAAGGAGAGGGCUAUGAGCAUGCUUAGUCCAUAUCGCCUGGUUGGAUCACAUGAUUUUUCGCCUGAUAGUAACCAAACUUCACAAUCCUCUGAAAGUAGUCCUCUGCCAUUCAUCUCUCUUUUGGAGUUUAAGGAACCAGAGCUGUUAUCUGGCAAUGAUGUCUUGUGGACAUUUGUGAACUUUGCUGGAGAGGACCAUACAAAUUUUCAAACCCUUGUGGCUUUCUUGAAUAUGCUGAGUACCUUGGCUUCUAGUCAAGAGGGUGCUGCAAAGGUUUUUGAGUUACUUCAGGGCAAAGUGUUUCGUUCUGUUGGGUGGAGCACUUUGUUUGAUAGCUUAUCAAUUUAUGACGAGAAGUUUAAACAGUCCCUUCAAACUGCUGGUGCCAUGCUACCAGAACUCCCAGAGGGUGAUGCAAAAGCACUUGUCUCUUAUUUGAAAGUGCUUCAAAAGGUUGUGGAAAAUGGAAAUCCCCUUGAACGAAAUAAUUGGUUUCCUGAUAUUGAGCCUUUAUUUAAGCUUCUUGGUUAUGAGAAUGUGCCUCCUUAUCUAAAGGGUGCCUUGCGUAAUGCAAUAACAACUUUUGUAUAUGUGUCUCCUGUCCUAAAAGAUACAGUCUGGAGUUAUCUUGAGCAGUAUGAUCUCCCUGUGGUUGUUGGAUCUCAUGUUGGGAAGAGUGCACAGCCCAUGGCUGCACAGGUAUAUGACAUGCAAUUUGAGCUCAAUGAAAUAGAAGCAAGGAGAGAGCAAUACCCUUCAACAAUAUCCUUCCUUAACCUGUUAAAUGCUCUUAUAUCUGAAGAAAGAGACUUGAGUGAUAGAGGGCGCAGAGCCUACGCCGAUCCUUGUGAGAAAUGGGAAUUGGUAGUUGCAUGUCUUCAGCACUUUCAUAUGAUGUUGAGUCGGUAUGACAUCAGUGAAGAGGAUAUUGAUGGUGUCAUUGACCAAUCUCAGCUUUCAACAGUAACACAAUCUUCACUCCAGAUGCAGCUACCCAUUCUAGAAUUGCUAAAAGACUUCAUGAGUGGAAAAUCUGUUUUCCGGAACAUCAUGGGUAUCCUUUUGCCUGGUGUCAAUACCAUCAUAACUGAACGGGCAAAUCAAGUGUACGGGAAACUCUUAGAGAAGGCUGUGCAACUCUCACUGGAGAUAAUAAUCCUUGUCUUGGAGAAGGAUUUGCUUCUUUCUGAUUUCUGGCGUCCUCUUUACCAGCCUCUGGAUGUUAUACUCUCUCAAGAUCAUAAUCAAAUUGUAGCUUUAUUGGAAUAUGUCAGAUAUGAUUUUCAACCACAGAUUCAGCAGUGCUCGGUCAAAAUCAUGAGUACAUUAAGGAGUUCUCGGAUGGUUGGGCUGGUACAAUUACUGCUAAAGUCAAAUGCUGCAAGCUGUUUGAUUGAGGAUUAUGCAGCCUGCCUAGAAUUACGAUCAGAGGAUUCUCAGGUCAUAGAUAACACUAGUGAUGAUCCAGGUGUACUGAUUAUGCAGCUUCUAAUUGACAAUAUCAGUCGGCCAGCCCCCAAUAUCACCCAUUUGCUACUCAAAUUUGAUCUUGACAGUCCUAUUGAGCAUUCUGUGCUACAACCAAAAUUUCAUUACAGUUGCUUGAAGGUUAUCCUUGAGAUCUUGGAGAAGCUUUCAAAGCCUGAUGUGAAUAUGCUGCUUCAUGAAUUUGGUUUUCAGCUCCUUUAUAAAUUGUGCGUGGAUCCACUAACAUGUGAUCCUACCAUGGAUCUGUUGAGUAGUAAGAAGUAUCAAUUUUUAUUGCAGCACCUAGAUACGAUUGUGGUUGCCCCACUUCCUAAAAGGAAGAACAACCAGGCCCUACGCGUCAGUUCCCUUCAUCAGAGAGCUUGGCUGUUGAAAUUAUUAGCAAUUGAACUUCAUGUUGGUGAUGUCAAUAAAUCCACUCACCUAGAAACAUCUCGCAGCAUCCUUGCGCAUCUUUUUGGGCAAGAAACUUUCGAAAAUGGAUUUGAUCACCCCAUUUCUCAUUUGUCUUCUCCUCAAGAUGGUGUUGAGCAUGCUGGAGCUCAAACUGUUGGGAAGAGUAAGGUGUUGGAGUUGCUUGAAGUGGUUCAGUUUAGAUCCCCGGAUACAAACACGAAGCUUUCUGAGAUUGUUUCCAAUACGAAAUAUGAUUUGUUGGCAGAGGAUGUAGUUUGUAAUCCUACAACUUCUGGAAAGAGUGGUGUCCAUUACUAUUCAGAGCGUGGUGAUCGAUUAAUAGAUCUUGCCUCAUUCCGUGAUAAACUUUGGCAGAAAUUCAAUGCUGUUUAUCCCCACUUGAGUAACAUUGGCAGUGAAGCAGAGCUGUACGAUGCAAAAGAAACAAUACAACAGUUGUUGAGAUGGGGAUGGAAGAACAAUAAGAACGUUGAGGAGCAAGCUGCUCAACUUCAUAUGUUAACUGCCUGGUCGCAACUUGUUGAGAUCUCUGCUUCCCGAAGAAUAUCAUCACUUGGACAUCAAUCUGAACUUUUGUAUCAGAUUCUUGUAGCUGCUCUGACUGCUUCUGCUUCUCCAGACUGUUCAUUGAAAAUGGCAUUUUUGUUGUGCCAGGUUGCACUGACAUGCAUGGCAAAGUUACGAGAUGAAAGAUUUUUAUUUCCUGGUGGCUUUAGUUCUGAUAAUCAAGCAUGUCUUGAUAUUAUCAUGGCAAAACAAUUACCAAAUGCGGCUUGUAAUUCAAUCCUGUUUAGGCUCAUAUCGGCAAUUCUUAGACAAGAAUCAUCAGAAGCUUUAAGGAGACGGCAAUAUGCACUGCUCCUUAGCUAUUUUCAGUAUUGUCAACAUAUGCUCGAUCCAGAUAUCCCAUCAAUAGUUCUGCAAUUUUUGUUGCUUGAUGAGCAAGAGGGUGAAGAUCUGGAUCUCCAGAAGAUCAAUCAAGAACAAGCCGAACUUGCUCGUGCAAAUUUCUCUAUUUUAAGAAAAGAAGCUCAAUCUGUUUUGGAUUUGGUAAUAAAAGAUGCUACUCAUGGAAGUGAACUUGGGAAAACGAUUUCACUUUAUGUUUUGGAUGCAAUGAUCUGUGUAGAUCAUGAUAGAUUUUUCCUGGGCCAACUCCAAAGCAGGGGUUUCCUAAGAUCUUGUCUUACAAACAUCAGCAGCUUAUCUUAUCAGGAUGGUGUGCAUUCUCGAGACUCAAUGCAGCGAGCUCAAACUCUGGAGGCUGAGCUUGCUUUGCUUUUGAGAAUAAGCCACAAUUAUGGGAAAUCUGGAGCUCAGGUUAUCUUCUCAAUGGGGGCUUUGGAGCAUAUUGCUUCAUGCAAGGCAGUCAACUUCUUCGGAAGUUUGCGAUGGGUUGACACUAGGAAUCAAAGAGAUGUUUCUGUGGAUAUCAACAAGCAAAGGAUGAUCGUAACCCCUAUUCUGAGAUUGGUGUUUUCUCUAUUGUCUCUAGUUGAUACAUCUGAAUUUUAUGAGGUGAAGAAUAAAGUUGUUCGGGAAGUCAUAGAUUUUGUCAAGGGACAUAGAUCACUUUUUGAUCAUGUUCUUCGGGAAGAUGUCUCCCAAGCUGAUGAGUUGGUGAUGGAGCAGAUAAACCUUGUUGUUGGUAUACUGAGCAAGGUUUGGCCAUAUGAAGAGAGUGACGAAUCUGGCUUUGUUCAAGGGCUUUUUUGUUUGAUGCAUGCUCUUUUCUCUGGUGACUGUGAGACUCUGAGUUCUGCUCAAUCAGUUCGAUCUGUUGAGACAGAGCUUAACUCAUUUCGGAUAUGCUUCAGCCUCAGCUCAUAUCUAUAUUUUCUUGUCACAAAGAAGUCCUUUAGACUGCAGGUCUCAGACAUGCCUCCUGACUACAAUGCUGCCGUUUCCUUGCAACAGCCGACAUUGAGUUUGCUCGGAUCUUUUCUCACUUCUUUAACAAAUGCUCUUGAAAGAGCUGCUGAGGAAAAAUCGUUACUUCUUAAUAGGAUUCGAGACAUAAAUGAAGUAUCAAGACAGGAGGUGGAUGAAAUUAUCAAUAUGUAUGCUCGGCAAGUAUAUGUUUCAUCAUCUGACAAUAUACAGAAAAGGAGGUAUAUUGCGAUGGUGGAAAUGUGCCACGUUGUCGGGAAUAGAGAUCAGUUAAUAACUAUAUUACUUCCACUAGUGGAACAUGUGCUGAAUGUCUUCCUAAGCCAUUUUCAGGACAGCUCUUUGGCAUCUGAUCCUCCUUGCUCUUUCAAGACAAUUACAUACGGUGCCACCUCCGGCCCAGCACAAGACAUAUCUUUGUUGUGCGGAAAUAUUAUUUCAACUUUAGAAAGACUCGAGUUACUUAGUGAGGACAAAAUAGGCCACAAUCUUAAAGUGUUUAGAAGAUUAGUGGCUUCCCUCAAGGAAAUGACGAUCCAGAAGUUGUCCUCCUGAAAAUAUUCUUCGCAUAUGUAAUAUGUUACUUGAUCCAAAAUCACAUUAAUGUACUGUAAUAUCAUUAUAGUUGUAUAUGAAGAGUCUGUCUAGGUAUGUGGUGAUUUUGCAUGUUGUGUAGGCGGCUUUAGCAGUGUAGGCGGUGUUGGAGCUAGGGAGUAAUGCGGGAUUGUAAUUUUAUGCACAUCAGUACAAAUCCAAUUCGAGCAACAGGAUUAGUUGGAUUUACUGCACAGAUUAGUUGGAAUCAUCAAAGCAUACGAAUUAUUCAUCAGUGAUAGUGAUAGAUUAAAGUUGUUUCU